AUGGCUCCAUCAGCAACAGUCUUUUCAUCUACUGUUAAUUUAGUAAAGACAAUAAUAGGAGCUGGUCUCCUCGCAAUACCUUUUGCGUUUAGGGCCGAUGGUAUCCUAUUGGGAGUCAUUUUAAUUGUAUUGGCCGCUAUUACGUCUGGCUUUGGUUUAUUUGUGUUAGCUAGGUCUUCGAAGGUACUGAUAAACCCUAGGCAAACUAGUUUCUUCACGCUUUGUUCCAUAACUUACCCUAAUGUGGCCUUUUUGUUUGAUUUUGCGAUGUUUAUGCAAUGCUUUGGAGUAAGCUUGUCAUACUUGAUUCUUAUUGGUGAUUUAUUUCCUGACUUAUUUGGGGGGAAUAGGAAAUGGUGGGUUUUGGGUAGCGGUAUUUUGAUUCUGCCGCUAACGCACUUGCGGAGCUUCGAUAGCCUCAAGUAUAGUUCACUAUUUGGCAUCCUAGCUAUUCUGUACUUGGUUGCGAUGAUUGUUGGAGUUUACUUGCAAGGCCUGCUAUGGGGAAAUGAGUAUUCUCCUAAUAGGGGAGAAGUACGUUGGGUUGAGAUCAGUAGCUUUAAGGAUCUGAUUAGCACGUUCAGCAUAAUGAUAUUCGCUUUUACUGCAUCUAUGAAUAUAUUCAGUAUAAUCAAGGAAUUGAAGGACAACUCUAUUCCCAACAUUAGAAGAGUCAUUAACUACUCUGUGGGCAUUUCGACAGUAGUUUUCAUUCUGGUAGGUACCUGUGGCUACCUAUCAUUUGGGGAUGGUGUUGAUGGGAAUGUCAUUCUGAAUUACAAUAGGAACCACAUCUCGACCAAGCUUGCAGAGCUUGCAUUAGGGUUUAUUUUGAUUGUUUCAUUCCCUCUUUUGUUCCACCCAACCAGAGUUGCAUUUAACAAUAUGAUCCAUUGGGUUCAUAUCAGUUACCAGAGAACUUCCCUGAAGUCUUCUUUACCCGGUGAUGACCAAAGUCUUUUAGGUAGUGAUUCAAGACUAAUUGCGAUGACGGUUGAAGAUGAAGAAGAUAGGGAAGUAUUAGGCCUGGAAAAUGGUUCAUAUCAGUCGCUACCAAGAGGCUCCCAGCUCCCAGCAGAGCCAAAUGAGGAAGAUGAUUCAGACACGCCUAUUGUACCUCUUGAUGGUAAACGCUUUUAUUUAGUCACAUGGCUAUUAAUAGUAGUGCUAUAUGCUCUGGCCCUAAAAGUGGGAUCAUUUGCUUUAGUUUUGGCAAUUGUGGGUGCUACGGGUUCAACAUCAAUUUCAUUCAUUUUGCCAGGUUUAUUUGGAUACAAAUUGAUAGGAACAGAGUCUUUGUUAAGAGGCUACCCUCCAUCACGAUUGGACAAGUUCCUCAAAAAUUGCAGUCUAGCAUUGGUUAUUUAUGGAGUAGCAGUCACUGGUAUUUCAUUGCUGGUCAUUAUACGCUUCGGUGUUUGA